GCCAGAUUGAGAGGGGUGGUAUGAGGGUGAGACUCGGUGUUGAUGUCUAGAUACACUGAAGACAGACCGCGGAGGUUGCACUUCAGAAGUGGCUGUUGGUUAUGUACUUGAUAUUAUCGCCGAGGUAUCUUUUUGUAUUUUUCUGCUGGGGAUGGGCCAGAUUAGGAAGGGCGGUACGAGGGUGGGACUUGGUGUUGGUGUUUUGGAACAUCAAAGAUGGACAGGGUUUUCGCGGAGGUCGCUCCUCAGAUAUCUCCACAACUACAGAUCGGGGAUCUUCCAAAAUCAAGAAGAUUGGUGCAUAUGGCUACGUCUCUUCACCUUACAAUUUGUAUGGCAAUUUGGCCCGGGGUUGUGGUGUGGUAGGGGAGAAUGGGGGAUAAUCCCACGCAGGAGUUCUGAACGACGUCUGGUUCACGUUUGGCUGGAUAACUCCACCACCACACGGGGUAUGCGGUCGGCGAUGGGGUCAAAAUGCUCGUAUGAUCGAGGGUUUUUCGAUGGAUCUAUCGGCGGGUUCUUAUUCGAAAAAUCGAGCGAGUUCGUG